AUCUUACAGAAACAAAAUGCAAUGCUUUCAAACUAUGAAGUUUUAGCACUUCUUAAUGAAAUGGACGAGAAACAAACUCUACAAGCAAAAUCUGAGCCAAACAUUAAAUUCGCUGAAAAUUUAAAAACAAUACAGUUUGAAGUAAAUAAUAAUAAAAAUUGA